AUGGUGCAGAAACUCGAGAACGAGCCGACGUCCGACGAUCAACCAAAGAACCCACCUUCUCCUAAAAGUCGUCUUGCUGUUUUGAAACGAAACAAGAAGCGUAGUUCUCAUCCAAUGCUACAUUUCUCUAUGAGACCACUUUCAGCAAAUGCGACGUCGGAUCCGUUCCGGUUUCAGGGCAAUGGCGUCACGUACAAGGGGAAAUUGAUUGGCGAACGAGAUGUGGACAGUGCACGAGGGGAUGCGAUGUGCGCGGAUGCAAUGCGAGCGGCAAAGGCGGCUGUUAAAGCUGCUGGCGCUCACAAAACACGAAUAAUUCUCCAAAUUAACAUCGACGGAAUCAAAAUUGUUGAUGAAAAGAGCAAUGUGAGCUUA